AUGGCGGUCGGAACAGAGGAAGCUGCGGCGGGUGGAGAGAUAGUCAAGGCGCGUACGGACAAGCGAGAGUAUCGGAGGAUUGUCCUCAAGAAUUCGCUCGUGGUCUUGUUAAUCAGCGACCCCGAGACCGACAAGUGUGCCGCUUCGAUGAACGUUGGUGUCGGAUACUUCUCGGACCCGGAAGGAAUGGAUGGGCUUGCUCAUUUCCUUGAGCAUAUGCUGUUUUAUGCAAGUGAAAAAUUCCCUGAGGAACAUAGUUUCUUGAAGUAUGUCAUGGAGCAUGGAGGGAGCGCAAACGCUUACACAACCACUGUAAGGACAAACUACCAUUUUGAUGUCAACACAGACUGUUUCUCUGAGGCUUUGGACAGAUUUUCACACUUCUUUAUCAAACCGCUCAUGUCAGCUGAUGCCACAAUGAGGGAGAUUAAAGCUGUCGACUCUGAGAAUCAGAAAAAUUUGUUGUUUGAUGAUAUCCGUAUGCGCCAGUUACGGAAGCAUCUAACUAGAGAAGACUAUCCGAAUCACAAAUUUAGCACAGGGAACAUGGAAACUCUUCAUGUACGACCGGAAGCAAGAGGAAUCGAUACAAGGAGUGAACUUCUUAAAUUCUAUGAUGAACACUAUUCUGCCAACAUCAUGCAUCUUGUUGUAUAUGGCAAGGAAAAACUUGAUAAAACUCAAGGUCUAGUGGAAGAGAUGUUCCAGGAAAUUCGAAACACCAAUAAGGCUGUUCCUAGAUUUCCUGGUCAGCCAUGUACUCCAGACCAUUUACAGAUUCUUGUGAAGGCUGUUCCUAUAAAGCAGAGUCAUAAGCUGAGGAUUGUGUGGCCUGUAACUCCUAACAUCCACCAUAAUGAAGAAGCACCUUGCAGGUACCUUGGUCAUCUAAUUGGACAUGAAGGCGAGGGAAGUUUUUUUUAUGCCUUAAAAACCUUGGGUUGGGCAACGAAACUGUUUGCUUUAGAAGCAGACUGGACUAUUGAGUAUUCGUUUUUCAAGGUUUCGAUUAUUCUUACUGAAGCUGGUCAUGAGUGUAUGCAAGCAGUUGUAGGGUUGCUGUUCACAUACAUUCAGCUUUUACAGCAGUCUGGUGUUUCCCAGUGGAUCUUUGAUGAGCUCUCAUCUAUCUGUGAGACAAAGUUUCAUUAUCAGGACAAGACAAAACCAAUUUCUUAUGCCGUCGAUAUUGCAUCAAAUAUGCAGAUAUAUCCAACCAAGGAUUGGCUGGUUGGUUCAUCAUUGCCUUCAAAGUUUAAUCCAGAUAUUUUACAAAAGGUUAUAGAUGAGCUCUGUCCUACUAAUGUUCGAAUCUUCUGGGAGUCAAAGAAAUUUGAAGGGCAAACGGACGAGGUUGAGCCAUGGAGUGGAUGCAGUCUGUCCCUAAUGCUAAGCUGGCAUCUACCAGCACCUAAUGUCUUUAUUCCUACGGAUUUUUCAUUAAAAGAUGCUAAAGAAAAGAAGGGCUUACCAUUUUUGCUGAGGAAGUCACUCUUCUCAAGAUUGUGGUAUAAGCCUGAGACUACAUUUUCCAUACCAAAGGCAUAUGUUAAGAUAGAUUUCAACUGCCCUCUUGCAGUCAAUUCCCCUGAUACUUCAGCUCUUACCGGUAUUUUCAUCUGGUUGCUGAUGGACUAUUUGAAUGAAUCUGCUUAUGAUGCCAAGAAAGCUGGUCUUUACUAUGGACUAAGACAAUCAGACAAUGGUUUUGAGCUGACUCUUGCUGGCUUCAAUCACAACUUGAGGAUUUUGCUAGUAGUUGUAAUUCAAAAGAUAGCAAAAUUUGAAGUUAGACCUGACAGGUUUUCCGUUAUCAAGGAAGCAGUCACAAAGGCAUUCCAAAAUUACAAAUUCAGACAGCCAAAUCACCAAGCAAAGUAUUACUGCUCACUGGUGUUACAAGAUCAGGCCUGGCCGUGGACAGAGGAACUAGAUGCUCUUUCUCAUUUGGAAGCUCAAGACUUGGCUAAGUUCGUUCCAGUGAUGUUGUCAAGGACAUUUUUAGAAUGCUACAUAGCAGGAAACGUUGAGAAUAGUGAAGCUGAGUCAAUGGUCAAGCUUAUUGAAGAGGCUCUUUUCAACGACCCAAAACCUAUUUGCAGACCGUUGUGUCCUUCCCAGCGGCUGACAAAUAGGAUUGUAACACUCCAAGAAGGAAAGACACACUUGUACCGUCAACAAGGCUCAAACCCUAGUGAUGAUAAUUCUGCCCUCCUACAUUAUAUCCAGGUUCAUCAAGAUGAAGUUUCCAUGAACGUUAAGCUUGAGCUUUUCAAUCUCGUUGCAAAGCAAGCCACUUUUCACCAGCUCAGAACGGUCGAGCAACUUGGUUACAUCACUUCACUUUCUCAGAGGAAUGAUUCUGGAGUCUAUGGUGUACAGUUCAUUAUCCAGUCUUCCGUUAAGGGGCCUGGACAUAUUGAUUCUAGGGUUGAGUCACUACUCAAGGACCUUGAGAGUAAAGUUUACGAUAUGAGUGAUGAUGAAUUCAAGAGCAAUGUAACAGCUUUGAUAGACAUGAAGCUUGAGAAACACAAGAACUUGAACGAAGAAUCUUUGUUUUACUGGCGAGAGAUUCAAAACGGGACACUCAAAUUCAACCGUAGAGAUGCAGAGGUGGCUGCACUGAGAGGGCUAAGGAAGGAAGAAUUGGUUGAGUUCUUUGACGAAUACAUAAAGAUGGAUGCACCGAAAAAGAAAUCGUUGAGCAUAUGCGUUUAUGGAAGUCAACAUCUGAACGAAAUGGCGUCUGACAAAGACAAAGUCGUAUCACCACCACUCAUAGAAAUCGAAGACAUUGUUGGUUUCAGAAAGUCCCAACCUCUAUACGGAUCGUUGAAAGGGUUGUAG